AUGAGUGGCGAUAUAUAUUGCAAAGGACCUACAAUCCUAAGGACGAGAAGAAAGAAGUAUUACGACGGCUUCCUCUUCCGUUGCAGACCCUGUAAUAAAGAGUGGUCACUCUUUAAAAAUACAUCUUUUUCUUAUAAAAAGAAGGGUAAAAGCAGGGUUGUAAUACCAGUUCAAAAGAUAGUAAAACUCAUCUUUUGUUAUUUAAAAGAUCAGCCUCAUUGUAAAAUGAAACUGAAUUCAGGGAUAACAGAAGAUAAGACAAUUGUCAACUUGACUAAUUAUGUUAGAGAAGUAACUCAUUAA